UUAUUUUGACAAAAUGGCGGCCAUGUUGGAAAAUGUCAUGGACACUACACAUCUUUUACUGUCUAUGCGCUACACCCACCAUCCAUGCAGCUAAGCAUGCCGCGAAAUUGUGCAGUAAACACUGAACGUUAUAUGCCAUUUCCUUUCCGUGUAUGUUAAGAAACAGAAGGAUUAUUUCUCGAUCAUAAUGAGCGGCCUGUGUAGAGAAGUGAUAACACUGCAGCUCGGACAUUAUUCAAACUUUGUCGGGACCCACUGGUGGAAUUUACAGGAUGCCUCUCUUUCUUAUGACUUGGAUGGAUCGCCAGGGGAGCUGCAGAGUGAUGUCAUGUUCAGAGAGGGGGUCACCCUUGGGGGUCAGGUCACCUACACCCCCCGUCUCAUUGCUAUGGAUCUCAAAGGAAGCCUUCAGACAUUACGACAGGAGGGCAUGCUGUACGAAACAGAAAACAAUGCCAGUGCCUUCAGCUGGAGUGGACCGUUGGUAACACAUCAACACACACCGCCCACCAAAAACUCUUUCCUUCAGGAUCUAGACAAGUUGGAUAAUGGGGAGAUCCUGGCAAAAGCUGACUUACACAGUUCCCAGCAGCCACAGUACUCAGGAGCUCUUGCCAUAGAAACAGUGAACAGCAGUUUGGAGCACUCUAAGAGGGUGUACAGCCUGGAAGGAAAUGUGAGGGUGUGGUCUGAUUUCCUGAGGGUUCACUUACAUCCAAGGACCAUCUCAGUAGUCCAUCAGUACAACCAUGACGGUGAGGCUGAACGCCUGGAGGCUUUUGGCCAGGGGGAGGCGCUCUGCAAAGGUGCUGUACUGGAUGAGCUGGAGGACAAGCUGCACUUCUUCGUUGAGGAGUGUGAUUACCUUCAGGGCUUUCAGGUGUUGUGUGACCUCUCUGAUGGGUUCUCUGGCCUAGGGUCAAAGGUUACAGAGCUGCUUCAAGACUCCUAUGGAGGACGUGGCAUUCUGACCUGGGGUUUGUCGCCUGCCAGUUACGCAAACUCAACACCAGUGAGGGAGCAUUGCCAUAUGCUAAACUGUGCUCUGGGCAUGGUCCACAUGGCAAAUCACAGUUCGUUCUUCUGCCCCCUCACACUUAGAGGGGGGCUGGGGCCGCGUCCCACCGCCACACCUGAUUUCACACACCUGAACUACGAUCCUACUCUGUGGUACCACUCAAGCUCCCUUUUGGCCCUAGCUCUGGACACUAUGACAGUGUCAUAUCGUUUGAGACAGCACAGCAACCCCAUGUGGCAACUGGCAGAUGCACUUGCAGUUUCUGGGAGGAAGGUGGUGUCUGCAUAUGGGGCCAUCCCAUUUCCUGUGGUGCAUGGCACGCAUCUCUCAGAGGCUUUUGAUACCUUUGCUGAUGCGUUGCCAUGGAAACCUCUCUCCGCUUGUCCUGAGCUGGGCAAUGGGUGCUGUUAUGGUCAGUCUGUGGCUCUCAGGGGCCUGGAGAGGAAGAGCAUGGUCAGGCCACAGGUACCAGGCACCAUGGACUACCCCUGCAGUGGAGAGGAUAUAUUGGCCUCAUGGAUCCAAUCCCACUAUCCAUCCAGCCCAGUGGCUCUACAGAUUGUGUCCAGUGCAAGCAAGCUGACUCCACCCUUUCCACAGAUCUUCAACAAAUCUGUAAGCCCACAGGGCUUCUUACAGAAGCAGGUCCCAACCACUAGUGCCGUAGCCCCUCCAGUGGCCAGUGUUCCAGUGCUGACCUCUCUGCAGUCAUCUCCAGCCAUAGGCCCAUGGCUGUCAGAGCUACAUCUCGCAGCGACCCGCAUGGACCCAAACCGCAUCGCCCCCAGCUUCCUCACGCACGGCCCAGAGCCCAGCGACUUGAAGGAGGCACUAGAACAGCUGCGUGUCCUUGCACACUGUUACCACGACGACGACUCUGGCUUGUUCCAUUCAUCCUCAGAGGACGAUGACGAUGACUGAGUUUGAUGACAUCGGCGACAAAGAUGGCCGUAAUGAUAUAAAAACAAAGAUUGUGAUGAUAAUGAGUCAUGCUGACAGAAAUGCAGACUGUUAUCCCUUGCAUGCUGAAGAUGGGUGAAGCUGAGUCAGCAAUGAAUAAAAAUGAACUUUGAAAAUGACCUGACCAGAGAGCUCCUGACAAAUGCUAAUUGGCCGAACAGCUGCUACUCCUGGCAGCAAUAUUCUGUGUAGACUGGAUGAAUCAUUUCCGUUUUGCACAGCUCUGGUAUCAGUGCUGUACAAAGUACUUACACGUGUGUAUUUGUUUAAAUGUACCAGAAGUAGCAUUUAAAUUAUUUCCAUCACUUCGCUAUCUCGAUUUCCAUGAUGUCUUGAGUGCCUCUCCAUACAGAAGACCGAGAAACCAUGGUACUGUAUGAAGACAGAUUAGUACCCACCUCCGGCAAGGGCUUUGUUAUGAUUUAUGAACAUGAAAUCUGGGCCAUAGUCAUCCAUACAAAAUGUUGUCAAAUGUUCUUAUUCAAUUGAGGCUAUUGCAGAAGCUCACUGUCUAUUGUUCUCAAUAAGGCUACAUGUACUAGCAGAACAAUGUAGACAAUAGUUGCUCUUCCAGGGGAAAUAAACUCUUACAU